ACCCCACUUCACACCAGGUCAUCUCCUCCAGCUCCCCUCAACCUCCCAAAAUGCGCUUUGCUUCCGCGGUAUUCUUCUCUGGUCUUUUGGCCGCCGUCUCUGCGCAUUUCCAGCUGCAGUACCCCCCUCCCCGGGGCGACUUCGUCGAGGAUAAGGAGCCCACCUUUUGUGAUGGGUACUCUACUGCCGUGUCGAACCGUACGGUGUUCCCGACCACGGGCGGGAAGAUCUCGAUCAACUCUGAGCACCCCCAGUGGACGCUGGGUGGCAUCAUCGCGACCGUGCAGAACCCCGACAGCUUCGACAACUUCACGGUGAACGGCGCGUUCCAAUACGUCGUGCCGUUCUUCAAGACCUCCGGCGAGGGCGGCUUCUGCUUCCCCCUCGACCUCGCGGCACAGAACAUCAGCGGCGCCCAGAACGGCGCGAACGUGACCAUCCAGCUCAUCUUCGACGGCGGUGAUGGCCAGCUCUACCAGUGCGCGGACCUCACCCUCUCGGACAGCGCGACCAUCCCGGACAGCGUCAGCUGCACGAACGCGACGGACGCCGCUGUGACCCCCGUGUCGACCGCCGUGGCCACCGCGACCGCGACGUCCUCCGGGACGUCGACCGCGAGUGCGUCGGCGACGCAGACGUCGAACGCGGCCAGCGCCAAGAACGUCAUGGGCCUUUCUGGGGCUGCCGGUGUCCUCGCCGCCAUUGCGGCUCUGCUUUAAGCAACCGUUCGGUUGUAAUGAUCAGACAGUCGCAGUUGCACAGCUGUAUGAAGUAGUGGUGCUCGUCCGCGUACGAUACUAGGGGUCUUAUGUAUGUGUCGGAUUUUUCAUGACUGGGAUGACCUUGAAUGUCGUGUACGCUUGGAUGAUAGAUGCUACAUACGAAUUGCAUUUUUUGGUUGCAUGUCGGAUUGCGACGGAUUGCG